CAAAAAGCUGAAUAAAAUGCAGGUCACUUCCUCUCAUCUAACAUUAGCAGUAUACCACUCAACUUUUCCCAGCCUGACAAAAGCAUGGAGAUAUGGUUCCUCAUCCUCGUCUCUCUGUCCCUGUCUGCAUUCCUUAAAGCCUUCUUCAACCUCUUCUUCCCUUGCAAAACUCACAAACUCCCUCCAGGCCCCCUAGCCUUUCCAAUUAUUGGCAACAUCUUAUGGCUUUCCAAAUCCUUCGCCGACCUCGAGCCCACCCUUCGUUCCCUCGUCCAAAAACUCGGCCCGAUGGUCACCCUCCAUAUAUUCUCUCGCCCGGCUAUCUUUAUUUCCGAUCGCUCCCUAGCUUACCAAGCCUUGAUCCUGAACGGUUCUGUUUUUGGUAAUCGCCCAUCUGCUCUUGCUACUAGCAGAGUGCUUAAUAACAAUCAGCAGACUAUCAGCUCUUCAUUUUACGGUCCGACUUGGCGCCUCCUCCGUCGAAACCUCACAUCAGAAAUCCUCCAUUCUUCGCGGGUUAAAACAUUUGGUCAUGCGCGUAAAUGGGUGCUGCAAAUCUUGAAGAAUCAAUUUGACUUGUUGUCCAGGUCUGGAGAUCCUGUUCGUGUUGUGGAUCAUGUUCAGUUUGCCAUGUUUUGUCUAUUAGUACUCAUGUGUUUCGGUGACAAGUUAGAGGAGAAACAGGUUAAGGAGAUCGAACGAGUCGAGCGUCGCAUGAUUGAGAAUAUGCGUAGAUUCAAUAUACUUAAUUUCUGGCCAAGUUUGAGCAAGAUAGUGCUUCGUAAGCAGUGGGCAGAGCUCUUGCAGCUUCGCAAGGACCAAGAAGAUGCAAUCAUUCCAUUGAUAAGAGCAAGAAAGAAGUUGAAGGAAGAGAAGUUGGGAAAAUCAAAUGUGGAGGGCAAGAAGGAUGAGUAUGUCUUGUCUUAUGUUGAUACGCUGCUGGAUCUGCAACUUCCUGGUGAGAAUAGAAAGCUUAAUGAGAUCGAAAUGGUUUCUUUAUGCAUCGAGUUUCUUGCUGCAGGUGUAGAUACUACUACCACAGCCUUGCAGUGGAUCAUGGCAAAUUUGGUUAAGUAUCCACAGAUUCAGGAGAAGCUAUUUUCGGAAAUGAAAGAGGUCGUUGGAGAAGGAGAGGGAGAGGUGAAGGAAGAUGAUCUGCAAAAGAUGCCGUAUUUAAAAGCAGUAAUUCUGGAAGGUCUACGGAGGCACCCACCUGGGCAUUUUGUGGUGCCACAUGCUGUGACUGAAGAUACGGUGUUGGGUGGGUAUCUGAUUCCUAAAAACGGGACAGUAAAUUUCAUGGUGGCUGAUAUGGGGUGGGAUCCAAAGGUGUGGGAGGAUCCCAUGGCUUUCAAGCCUGAAAGGUUUCUAAAUGGUGAAGGGGAAGCAUUUGAUAUAACAGGAAGCAGGGAGAUCAAGAUGAUGCCUUUCGGAGUUGGGAGGAGAAUUUGCCCUGGAUAUGGCUUAGCCAUGCUUCAUUUGGAGUAUUUUGUGGCUAAUCUAGUAUGGAAUUUUGAGUGGAAGGCUAUGGAUGGAGAUGCUAUUGAUUUGUCUGAGAAGCAACAGCUUACUGUGGCCAUGAAGAAUCCAUUGCACGCCCACAUAUCUCGCAGGUCGAGAAGCAAGGUGUAGGGUAGGGUGUGUGGUGUCAUUUAAUUUAUUUUCUUUUUUAUGAUGAUUUUAGUUAAUUAAUAACAUUGGAAUGGGUUGACUUUCUUGUGGGGAAAGGCUGUCAUGUUGUGAUAAGAUAUCGAGAGUGUUUGUUUACGCGAUAUAGCUUUAGGUUUUAAAGUAAAUCAUGUAAAUAAUAUGUUUGAUAAUAUUAAAGUUCAAUUUACUUUUUAUGCGGCAUUAUGUUGAA